AUGGGAUGCAUAUACUCGAAGGCGAUUGCACGAUCGAUGAGCAUUAGAGAUGAACUAAGUAAUCAUGGCUUCCAAAGCUCGGCAGUAACUUGGGAAGAAUUACUAUCUUCCCAUAGUGGCACGGAUCAGCUCUUUGCCUUAGUAACACAAAGGACAAGCAAUUUCACCCUACCAUCUGCGCGUGAUCCUGAAGUCAACAAGUGUCGGGAUUCUAGCACAUUUACUAGGUCAAGAAGCUAUGACCAGAUAACCGAAAACAAGCUCGACAGCAAAUACAAGAGUCAGACAGGUUCUAGAAGCUUCCACACCGUGGAGGAAUACGAUAUCAUGCUCGAGAGGAUUCAGAAAUUCAGAACAAGGAGCGUACAACACUUUGGAGAGGACUACAAUUCACCCGAAGAUGUUGUUGGCAAUAAAAGUCAAAUUCGAGAGCCCCUUGGAAAUAAUUUUGAAGAUGUUGAGAGAGUUGUGCAAGUUGAUAGCACGAGAGAAACGGGUUGGAAGAGGAAGGCCGCGGCUAAGGGGCUCACGCCACUCGAUGUGCCGUCUAUCGAGUUCCCAGGUAUUGGGAGGAAUGGGGGCCAGCUGGCUGAUGUGGAAGACGGGCAAAUUUAUUCGGCCGAGACUUACGUGACUCCUAAAUUUGGGAGUUAUAAUGGAAGAGUUUAUUCUGGAAUGGAAGAAGGAGAUGGUGGGGAGAAUCCGGUUUUCAGUCGAGAACUGUUGGCCGCGUUUGAGGAUUGCAUGCAGCAGCUGCAAGAAGAAGAAGAGAGCAUCAUUUGGCAAAUUGGUGAGGGCUCGUUGGCCGAGGACAAAAACAAACAAGAAAUCCAAUUCUACUUGGGGAAAAUUCUGAGCCUACUUCCGAAGAGCAAUGUAUCGAGUGUAAACAAUAGAAACCAACUGACAGCAGGCAGAAUGUAUCUUCUCAAACCCAGAAAAAGUCUAACAUUACAAAUUGUUCCUCCCAUACUAUACACAUACAUCACCAAGUACACUUCUACAAAAACUUCAGCCUUGUGCUCGGAUAAAAAAAAAUUCAGUCACACGCAGCCAAGGCCUCGAUUAUUCACUUCGCUGACACCUGUCACUAUUAUUCAAAGUAAACACAACUGUUGGGCCAAGUUACAACACAAGUCACAAUACCUUCUAAAUUUGCAUCUAUUAGACACACUCAUAGUGAUUCACAUUUCACACUAUAGAGUCCAGAUACGAAUUGCUCGUGCACCGAUUGUACUGAAGGAGGCUGCCGUACGUGCAGUCCCACACGCCAAUGAAAAGAGAAGCAGUAUCAGGACUGAAAGAGACUCCAGAUAUUUCGCCAAAAAAGUCUAUCUCUUGCUCCUUGUCGCAAUCGUUCUUAACUUCAUACAAAUGGACGAAAUCUGCAGGCUCAGCCAUAGCCAUAAACUGUCCGUCAGACGAAAAACGGAUGGAUCGGAUGGCUCCAAGGUUCCCUUUGAGUUUCUUGUGUCCCACACUCGGCAAGUCUUGUCUUGGUUCCCGGUAGCAAAGAUGUGGCCGUUUGGGUGCCAUGCAGAGGCGAAAGAGAAGUCGAGAUGCCCGGAAAGAGUAGCAAUUGUCUAA